CGAGGGUGAGGAUGAAGAACAGAAAUGGAGCAACAGAGAGGCGUUUUUGAAGAUCACAGUGAACUUCCUGAGGAGAAUGAAGCAGGAGGAGCUGGCUGAGCGUCUGCAGAGCAGUACUUUUUCUGAAGUUUGUAGAAAGCGGCUGAAGUUUAGGCUGAAGAAGAAGUGCCAGUGUGUGUCUGAGGGGAUUAUUAAAGCAGGAAACCCAACCCUUCUGAAGCAGAUCUACACAGAGCUCUACAUCACAGAGGGAGGGACUGGAGAGGUCAACAAUGAACAUGAAGUCAGACAGAUUGAAGCAGCAUCCAGGAAACCAGACAGAGCAGACACAACCAUCAGACACGAAGACAUCUUUAAACUCCCACCUGGAAGAGUUGAACCAAUCAGAACAGUGAUGACGAAGGGAGUGGCCGGCAUCGGGAAAACAGUCCUAACACAGAAGUUCACUCUGGACUGGGCUGAAGGAGCCAACCAGGACAUCCAGUUACUGCUUCCAUUCACCUUCAGAGAGCUGAAUGUGCUGAAAGACAGAAAGUUCAGCUUGGUGGAACUUGUUCAUCACUUCUUCACUGAAACCAGAGAAAUGUGCAUCUUUGAAGAAUUCCAGGUCGUGUUCAUCUUUGACGGUCUGGAUGAGAGUCGACUUCCUCUGGACUUCCACAACAAUGAGGUCCUGACUGAUGUUACGGAGUCCACCUCAGUGGAUGUGCUGCUGACAAACCUCAUCAGGGGGAACCUGCUUCCGUCUGCUCGUCUCUGGAUCACCACACGACCCGCAGCAGCCAAUCAGAUCCCUCCUGAGUGUGUCUCCAUGGUGACCGAGGUCAGAGGGUUCACUGACCCACAGAAGGAGGAAUACUUCAGGAAGAGGUUCAGAGAAGAGGACCAGACCAGCAGGAUCAUCUCCCACAUCAAGACAUCACGGAGCAUCCACAUCAUGUGCCACAUCCCAGUCUUCUGCUGGAUCACUGCUACGGUCCUGGAGAAAGUCCUGGAAGCCAGAGAGGGAGGGGAGCUGCCCAAGACCCUGACUGAGAUGUACGUCCACUUCCUGGUGGUGCAGGCCAAACUGAAGAAGGUCAAGUAUGAUGGAGGAGCUGAGACGGAUCCACACUGGAGUCCAGAGAGCAGGAAGAUGGUGGAGUCUCUGGGAAAACUGGCUUUUGAGCAGCUGCAGAAAGGAAACCUGAUCUUCUAUGAACCAGACCUGAGAGAGUGUGGCAUCAAUGUCAGAGAGGCUUCAGUGUACUCAGGAGUUUUCACCCAGAUCUUUAGAGAGGAGAGCAGCCUGUACCAGGACCGGGUCUUCUGCUUCGUCCAUCUGAGUGUUCAGGAGUUUCUGGCUGCUCUUCAUGUCCAUCUGACCUUCAUCAAGUCUGGAGUCAACCUGCUGGAGGAACAAAGAAAGACAGAGACUCAGCUCUAUCAGAGUGCUGUGGACAAGGCCUUACAGAGUCCAAACGGACACCUGGACUUGUUCCUCCGCUUCCUCCUGGGUCUUUCACUGGAGACCAAUCAGAACCUCCUACGAGGUCUGCUGGAAACAAAACAAAGGGCACAGAAAAAUCAGCCAACAGUUAAAUACAUCAAGAAGAAGAUCAGUAAGGAUCUGUCUGCAGAGAAAAGCAUCAACCUUUUCCACUGUCUGAAUGAACUGAACGCUGGUUCUCUGGUGGAGGAGGUCCAACGGUCCCUGAGGUCAGGACAUCUCUCCACAGAUAAACUGUCUCCUGGUCAGUUGUCGGCUCUGGGCUUCAUCUUACUGUCAUCAGAAGAUCUGGAGGUGUUUGACCUGAAGAAAUACUCAGCUUCAGAGAAGGUUCUACGGAGGCUGCUGCCGGUGGUCAAAGCCUCCAAGAAAGUUGUGUUGAUUGGUUGUAACCUCUCAGAGGACAUCUGUGCAGAUCUGUCCUCAGUUCUCAGCUCUCAGUCCUCCAGUCUGACAGAACUGGACCUGAGUAACAACGACCUGCAGGAUUCAGGACUGAAGAAGCUGUGUCCUGGACUGGAGAGUCCACACUGUCACCUGGAGUCUCUCAGGUUGAGUAGUUGUAACCUCUCAGAGGACAUCUGUGCAGAUCUGUCCUCAGUUCUCAGCUCUCAGUCCUCCAGUCUGACAGAACUGGACCUGAGUAACAACGACCUGCAAGAUUCAGGACUGAAGAAGCUGUGUCCUGGACUGGAGAGUCCACACUGUCACCUGGAGUCUAUCAGGUUGAGUGGUUGUAACCUUUCAGAGGACAUCUGUGCAGAUCUGUCCUCAGUUCUCAGCUCUCAGUCCUCCAGUCUGACAGAACUGGACCUGAGUAACAACCACCUGCAGGAUUCAGGACUGAAGAAGCUGUGUCCUGGACUGGAGAGUCCACACUGUCACCUGGAGUCUCUCAGGUUGAGUGGUUGUAACCUCUCAGAGGACAUCUGUGCAGAUCUGUCCUCAGUUCUCAGCUCUCAGUCCUCCAGUCUGACAGAACUGGACCUGAGUAACAACCACCUGCAGGAUUCAGGACUGAAGAAGCUGUGUCCUGGACUGGAGAGUCCACACUGUCACCUGGAGUCUCUCAGGCUGUCAGGCUGUCUGAUCUCCGAGGAAGGCUGUGCUUCUCUGGUCUCAGCUCUGAGCUCCAACCCCUCCCACCUGAGAGAGCUGGACCUGAGCUACAACCAUCCAGGAGAGUCAGCAGGGAAGCUUUUGUCUGCUGGACUGGAGGAUCCCCGCUGGAGACUGGACACUCUCAGGGUGGAGCCUGCUGGACAACGAUGGUUGACACCAGGUCUGAGGAAGUAUUCCUGUCAACUCACCAUCGACACAAACACAGUCCACAACAACAUCAAACUGUCUGACAACAACAGGAAGAUGAUGUUUGUGAAGGAGGAUCAGUCAUAUCCUGAUCAUCCAGACAGGUUUGAUGUCUAUCCUCAGCUGCUGUGUAGAGAAGUUCUGACGGGACGCUGUUACUGGGAGGUCCAGAGGAGAGGAACAGUUUCUGUAUCAGUGAGCUACAGAAAAAUCAGCAGGAAAGGAAACUCUUAUGACUGUGUGGUUGGAUUGAACGAUCAUUCCUGGAGUCUGGACUGUUCUGAUGCUGGUCAGUACGAUGUCUAUCACAAUAAGAGAGACACAUCUUCCUCCUCUUCCUCAGUCUCUGACAGAGUAGCCGUGUAUGUGGACGUUCCUGCUGGAACUCUGUCCUUCUACAGCGUCUCCUCUGACAGACUGAUCCACCUCCACACCUUCAACACCACAUUCACUGAACCUCUCUAUCCUGGGUUCAGGUUCUGGUUUUGGCCGGGUUCUGGUGCUUCAGUGUCUCUGUGUUGAGUUCAGUCUCAAGAGUCUUCUCCUGUCAGAGAAACUGUCUCUGUUGGACAGAUAGUUGAGUCUGUACAUGUCUGUCUCUGUUUCCAUCAGAACACCUGAAUCACACUGUUCUG